CGAGCUCCAGAUUCGAACAAAUCAAUAAGCAUAUUUAUAUACUCUAUUCUGAUCUGCUAGAGGACAACACAGAUUAUAUUAAAAGACAAGAUAAAAUCCUAGUUCGUCAGCGAAGAAUGGAAGUUAAGGAAUGCAAGCAAUAUAUGUGGAUUAUAAUGCACGUCCACUUACAACUAAGCCUCAUAUCACACGAACUAAACAAAGUAUUCAGUGUACAAAUGUCAGUGCAAAUGGUCUCUUACUUUGCGUUCAUUGUAAAUCUGUGUCGUGAAAUUUAUACAGAAUAUAUAAACAAGAAUUCAACGACAUAUGAAUAUGUUUUAGACAGCAUGCUUGCUUAUAUUUCGGGCAUCAUAUAUAGCGCCAUUAUUCUGAUAUUAAACUACAUCUGUGAAAUUGUCUACAGUAAGGCUAACGAGACAAUAGUAAUUCUUUGCAAAAUAUCGAAUAACAAUCUCGCUGAAGACUUACGUACACUGACUCUACAAUUUAUGUCACAAGUAAAACAAACAGAAAUUAAAUUUGGCUCAGGAUCUCCCUACUUUGGUUACGAUUUCAUUCGUCAGUUCUACAUGGCAAUUGUGACCGUCUUGAUGAUUAUGAUACAGAUGCCUGAUAGAUUUAAUUACUAAUUAGUAACACCAAUUAAAAUUAUAAUCGGUAGAUGCACUAUAAAAAAAACUUAUCUGCAAUAUCUAUGUUUUUUAAUGUAUGUAUUUUGUAAGUCAUGUAAGUCAUCAAAAAUAAAAUA